CCAGAGAGAGGCUGGGGCAGAGGCGGCCGGAGCGGCUGAGGGAGCGCGAGCGGCGCGGGGGGGGCCCUGUCGGCGACAGCGGCGACAGCGACGACAGCGGCGGCGACAGCGACAGCGGCGGGUUCCAGCGCCUCGCGGCCCGGCGUUUCCCCGCUCCCCUCGGCGCCGGGUGGCCCCGGCCCGCGGCGGCGGCGCUGACAGCCCGCCCGGAGCCCCGGGGGCGGCCGCGGCCACCAUGUCGUCCCCCAGCCCGGGCAAGAGGCGGAUGGACACCGACGUGGUCAAGCUGAUUGAGAGCAAACACGAAGUCACAAUCCUAGGAGGACUCAACGAAUUUGUUGUGAAGUUUUAUGGACCACAAGGAACACCGUAUGAAGGUGGAGUAUGGAAAGUUAGAGUCGACCUUCCUGACAAAUACCCCUUCAAAUCCCCAUCUAUAGGAUUCAUGAAUAAAAUCUUCCAUCCCAACAUCGACGAAGCGUCAGGAACUGUAUGUCUAGAUGUAAUCAAUCAAACUUGGACAGCUCUCUACGAUCUCACCAAUAUAUUUGAGUCGUUCCUGCCCCAGCUGCUGGCUUAUCCCAAUCCCAUAGAUCCCCUAAACGGGGACGCUGCAGCCAUGUACCUCCACCGACCAGAAGAGUACAAACAGAAAAUUAAAGAAUACAUCCAGAAAUAUGCAACAGAAGAAGCACUAAAAGAACAGGAAGAGGGCACCGGGGACAGCUCAUCUGAGAGCUCCAUGUCUGACUUCUCUGAAGAUGAGGCUCAGGACAUGGAGUUGUAGUAGAGGAGGCCACCUGCUUUUCAGAGAGACUCUAAUUUCCUAACCAUGAGAAGCAGACUAUAAUAUUCAUAUUUAAACAAAGCAAUUUUUUUUAUUACUAAACAAGGUUUUUAUGAAUUCUAGCAUUGAGAUAUAUAUAUAUAUAUUUAUAUAUAUGUAUAUUUAUAUAUAAAUAUAUAUAUAUCUGUCACCCUUUAGGUCUUGAUUUUCUCGGUCGUUUCCCGAUCCCCGAGGUGCAUUAGAGCAUUCCCAACAUUCCAUUCUGGUAGCAAUAUGCAGCCCGGAUGCAUGCCUUGAGAUUUUCCAUUUGGCCAAGUCAGCUUUGGUGUGCUACCAAACAGCUGCCCUGGGAGGGAGGGAAUUAGCAAAAAAAAAAAACCACCCCAAAAAUCCAAACAAAAGGGAGAGGAAAAAAAAAAAAAAAAGAGGGAUUUGCUGUCGGAUCGAGGUUUCCACCUGAGAUGUUGGCGUUUCCUCCAAGUCUAAAACCUUGGGGCUGUAGGGAUGGAAGGGGCUCCUCCAGCUUGUGUUUAGAAAAUACAAAAGAGGGAUUUAACUCCAAAAAAAAAAAAACAAAACCAAACCCCAAUCCAAAGGCGUGGAGCCCCUGGGAGCACCGAAGGCGCCUCCCUGGCGAUUCCAGCCCGCUGCUGUUGCCUGGACUCCUCGCUGCCUCCCGAACUGUAGGGACUGGCUGGCAGCCCUGGUGGGUUCCCUGGGACCUCUGCAGAAGCUGGGGAUGCUGUUCCCUCGGGAUGGAUGAGGAGCUGUGGGAGAAGCACCCAGCAGCCCCGGGAUGAGCUCCGGAGCUGGCACGGAGCCCGGAAUCGACCUCUCCUGGAACCUGCUGCCCUUCCGUGGCUUCCAGUUGGCUUGGUUUAUUUUUUUGGUUUUCUUCUUCCUUUCUUUUUUCUUCUUCCCCUCCUUCUUUUGCUGGAAAUCUGGUUGAGACGCUCGCUGUGUCCUGGGAAUUCUUCUCUGAGCAGAUGGAUCGGCCUUGCCAGAGCUUCAGCUCCACGGAAUUGUCCCGUUGGCCCAAGCCCACGGAUCCAUCGGCGCCGACUCCGAUUCUCCUUUUUUUUUUUUCUUUUUAAACCUUUCUUUCCUCCCCCUUCUGCACCAGCUUGGUUCCCAUCUGCUUGUGUGUGUACAACAGGAUCAGAAUUCCUUAAGAGUUAACAAAGAAAAUGAUCUAGGGAAAAAAAAAAGAAAAACAAAACAAAAAACACCACAAAAUUUGAGCUGAAUAAAAAACAAAAAAAAGCCUAAAAAGCACCAAUUGAAGAAGCAAAUGGAUUCACUCUUUGGUUUUUUGUUGGUUGGUUUGGGUUUUUUUGGUUUUUUGGGGUUUUUUUGGUUUUUUUUUUUUUCCAGGAUGUUUGGGAAUUGGAAUGUUGGAUUUCUCCUGGUGUCUUGCAGCAAGCUGAGAGAUUUUUUCUUUUCUUUUUUUUUUUUUUUUGCUGUUGUUCCUAGAAAUCUGAUAAGUAAAUGUCUCCUUGGGAUACUUGAAUUGGGAUAAUUGUGCAUCAAUUCAAACUGAGAUGGAUUUUGAAAGCUGAAUGUUACCUGCUGUUUUCUUUUGGGGAUUUUUUUUGGAGGGGUUUGGACGAGAUCUGUUCGUUUGUGAUGCGACCUGCAGGAAAAAAAAACCAACCCACCCUGAGCGACUCUGGAGCAGAGUUUUGAAUGUCAGACUGGUACAUUUGUCAUUUUCCCAGAAUUAUUGGGCUUUGUUUCCUUUUCCUUUCGAGACUCCACCGAGCUGGGGCUGGGAGAUCCCAACCCCAGUCUCUGAUUCAUAAAGCACAAUCAGUUUCUUUUAUUUCUGUUGCUUUUGGGGGAGAAAACAAAAACUCCAUCAAGUCCCACUUGGCUUUGGCAUGAAUUUCCUUAAUAAAAAACCUACCAUGAAUUUCCUUUCUGUUAAUUCCGGGCACGAAGCAAAGGUUUUCCCUCUCCUUCUUCCCCUCCUUUUCCAGCAGUGGUGUAGGGCUGUGGCUAGUACUGUGCUGAAGUUCUCUAUCUAGCAUUUGUGGCUUGUUGGAGGGUAAUAUUAAUUAUUUAACAUGUAAUGAUGUAAUUAACUCUUAUCUAGCACGUUGUUUGCUCAUUAAUUUGGGGAGGGAGGGGCCACGUUUAACUCGCUUUCCUGCUGCCCUGGCAGUUUUGCUUGUGCUAUAAACCUUUACUUGUAGGUGCUACUUAGGAGUAGAGUCAAGUGCUGGGUGGUGAUUUCAGUUUAAAAAGCUUCAAAAAACG